AUGACUUCCAGCUCUACUUUGCUUCCCUCUGCCCCGCGAGUUGAGCUGAACCCCCGCGUUGUUCUACAGCCCCCGCUUUCCCGCUGCGGCCAUGGCCCGGGACUGAUACUUAUCCGCCCAAGCCAUUUCGCAGAAUGUCAGGAGAAGAACAACAGUUUAGAUCCAGAGCCAUUGCAGAAAUGGGCUGAGGAGAGCUACGCGAUAGUGCAGAUCAGUCUUGAUGCGGAAUCAAGUGGCGACAAGGAUCGUGUACUUGACGCUGUCAAGACAGCGAUGGAGGGCCUUGAUUCACUCCAGGAGUGUGAUAAGAAGGAUCAAUUUGGUUUGCUAGGUAUGCACGUCUACGGUUCCGAAGCUGAUUAUGCGCCGGACUUUGCGAAGAUUCUGGAUGCAAUUGUAGCUGCUCGUAUAGCAGCGUUGGUAUAUUUUGGGCGUUGGGAGACCCUCGCUGCGAUUCCAGCCUUGGUACAUAUACCUGGAGCUAGCAAUUCCAUUCAGGAAACGGAAAGCCGAACUGUGUACACCUAUCCUGACGUCUCGUCCGCCGGCUUCAUUGUCCCCGGUCAUGCGGAUUUCAAGUAUUCGACAGCAGGAGUAGCCCAUACCCGAUCAUUGAGCUUCUUGAAGAAGCACUUGGACGGGCCUUACUUUAAUCUCGAGAAAAUCUGGGAGGAGCAUACCUAUUACGAAUUUAGAGACAGAUCGGUGGAGAAAACCAUGGCGACAAUGGUCCAGGAGCCAUAUGUGAAUCAUGUUCCGACUACUGACGCUGGAAAGAUGACCGGUGGAAUUGGCCGUGCGCGGCUCAGCAAUUUCUACCUGAACCAUUUCAUCUUCAAUAAUCCCGAUGACACCGCCCUGGAGCUAAUCAGUCGCACGGUUGGUAUCGAUCGCGUAGUAGACGAGUUUAUCUUCUCCCUCACGCAUAACAAGGAAAUCGACUGGCUGAUUCCCGGCAUCCCACCCACUGGAAAGCCUCUCCGCAUACCAUUCACAUCAGUGGUGAACAUCCGCGGGGAUCGCCUAUACCACGAGCACAUAGCAUGGGACCAGGCGACGGUCCUUGUGCAGCUGGGCCUAAUGCCAGAUUAUCUCCCGUUCCCUUAUGCUCUGCCCGACGGUAGGCUCCCAGGCCCGGGGAAGAGAUUCGAGUAUCGAGUCCCUGCGGCCGGGGUGAAAACCGCGCAGAAGUUGGAGAACGAACACAAGGUCCCCUCGAAUCAGAUGUUUGAGUAUAAGAUCCGCGAGGUUGAUGAUAAUUGA